AUGGAUUUGGAUAGAAAGCAUAUAUUGUUAAAUGAAUUUCGAAAGUUAAAUAUAGACUUUGAUUAGUAAAUAUCGGAGAAUGUGAUAUUUAAAUUUCUUGAUGAAAAAUCACAUGGUACUUUUGAUAACUCUAUCGCUUUAUAAUUACACUAACAAGUAAUAUAAACUUAUCAAAAACUUACAAUAAAUAAUUUUAUUAAUGUAUAUUUAUAAGCAGAAAGCAUUCUCAGCAACAAGAUUAUUAAAGCUAGAAUGGAAAUUUAAAAUUUAACAAUCACAAAAUAAUAAUCUUCAUAAGCAUUGCUUAAUAUUACAAAAUAGGAAUAAUUAAAUAAGUAUGGAAUCAUGGAAGAUAGUAUUUUAAUGAUAAAUCAUGUUCAUGCAGUUAUUAAUAAACUUAGUUUAUCAAUGAAGGUGUUUAUUUUAAUGUCAAGUACUACAACAAGUUUUUAGACACCAUCUCAAAAUGAAUUAGAAUGGAAUAAUUCCUAUGAAUUGUAAUAUAUUAAUAAUAUUUCAGUCCUAUUGAAAAUGGAUCUGAAAUCAUAAAUGUGUUUGUGAAAGCCUAUUAAGGAAAUUAAACAAUUGAUAUUGGUUAGGCUACUUAUGCAGUUUAAUAAUUUAAUAGUCAAGCCUAAACAAAUGUGGAAGCUAAAUUAUAAUGUGUAAAACCUUAUUCUGGAGUGGUUAUUUUAUCAGGCUUAUGGGUUUUUUCAAAAGUAAACUAUUUCUUUAUUAGAAGACUAAAUAUUUUACUGAUUUUAUAUCUCAGUUAGAUACAUAAAUUUAAUAAUUAAAAGAUGAUUUAGCAGAUUUUGAAAAUGAUUUAUAAACCCUUUAAGCAAUAUUCACAAAUACUAUAAUUUCAAACUCUGAUGCAAAUGUAUAUUAAUUUAGUCCAGAGAAACAAAUAGAUAAUAUCGGUAAUAUUGAAUAGAAAACAUUAAAUAAAUAUCUAGUUGCUAUAAUGGCUUUAUUAAUUACAUUAUCAUCGCUAAAUAGAUGUUGUUAUUUAGAUGUAAAUACAUAUUAUAUAUAGAUUUUAAUAAUACUAGUAUAUUCUAUAAAUUUGAAAAAUCAGACUUUAGAUGCCAAAUUGUUAAAGUAAAUCUCAGUUGCAACAUUCGUUUCUUUUGUUUUAGAUAUUGUUUGGGUUGUAAUAUACAUUGUGGUAUAUAAAAGCUUAUAUAAAAGGCUAAUUACAGCCUCUUUGGUCUGAAAUAGACACGCCUGAUAUGGGAAUAUAAAAAAUAAUAGUUGUGACCGGAGUCCUGUUAUUCAUAACAAAAUUACCUUUUUCAUUUCUCUGUGCUUAUUUAUCAAAAUAAGCGUAAGAAAUAAUUCCUGAAUUUUAAGUUAAAGCAGAUGAGAAUAACCUAUCUGGAUUACAGCCAUUAGAAUAUUAAAAUAUAAGUAGAAAUGAAAGUCUAUCCUCCUAUUAACAAUACAAAUGA